GGGGAGCUGUCAGGGAGGGGUAGGGGCUCUGAGGGUGUCUCUCUGCUGCCCCCCUGCGUGGUGGUGUCUCCUGUGUGCCCCCCUUGGAGGGGGUCUGGCUGCCUGAGGGACUCAGCUCUGCAGCCCCCCCAUGUUUGCCUGUCACCAUCCUGGGGGUUAGGCCGCUGACUCUCCCCUCCCCCUCCACCGGGCCGGUGCUGGGAGGGAAUCUCCCCCGUAAGUGUGUCAGUGUCACGCACACCCCAUUGAGGGUGGCGAGGCCCCAAGCACCCGGUUCAGCUGAGCACUGCAAUGGGCACCCUGGGCUGCUGCACCCAUCAGAGCCGCCUGCCAGGCAGGAGCCACGGAGCUCGGGUUGAUGGGCGCGUCGGAACAACCUGGUGUAGACCCCCCCUGCCCCGAUUCUGCACUUUCCCUGGGCCUGCUGCCCUGGUGGUUGGGCAUGUAGGGGAUGGGGGGGGCCCAGGGCAGAGGCAAGGACCAGCCUGUCUUCGAUAUGCUGGGCAGAUCCCCUUGCCUGUGGGAUUCCCCACCUGUUGCACAGCCUCUGUCUAUCGGGGGCAAAGAGAGGCUCAGAAAUAGCCUUAGCCUGUGCCCUGGGAGCUGGAGGAGAUGCCAGCUCAGCAGGGGCAGGGUGUGCCACGUGCCACCCUGGCUGCCCCGUCUGCUUUUCAGUUCACCCACUUUAAUUCACUACGGUAUUUUCCUAAAUAAAAUGCCCUCGUUUUUAGUGGGACACACUAAAAAGACAGCGUGAGCUCCCCCUGCUGCCUAUGCAGGGCAAAGUCAUUAACAUGCUGCGGUACCCCUGCACCUGUCAGAGCCUUUCCCAGGUCGAACAGUCACAUCCCAAAGCCCUCUGCAGAGCUGAAUAUCACAGCCAAGGGAAUACGGAGGGAGAACCCCCAGCCCCAUAUCAGAGCACGGGGGAUGAAUAGGGGGAGCCCAGAGAAGGGCAACAAGAAUGAAAGGGGGACUGGAGGAAUCGAGGAUGAAACAAGUACAGAGUGGGCGAAGGGACAAAUCUCGGGGGAGGCUAAGUGCUGGCAGAGACAGGAGACAGGUCUGAGAGAGGCUCCACUCAGCAUGAUUCCUCCCCAGAGACGGGUGCGAGCUAGGCUGGGAGACAGGCCCCAGGGCCCCCACUCGUGCUGCCCUGUCCUGGCAGCCGCAGUGUGCUGCACCCUGCACUGUGCCUGAGCCCUUGGGGCGGGGGGGGUCCCAGGGCAGCCUCUCCUAGUUAAUGCUGGAUGUGCUGUGGGAUGCCCCAAGGAGGCGAACCUGUUUGCUCUUGUGCGGGGCUGGCUCAGGUCCCUCCUCAUUCCCAGCUGACUCUCCAGGCCGGAGCAGCUGGCCCAGCAAGCGGAUGAGCCCCCCAGCCUGGCAGGGCCCCAUUCACCCCACGCCCAAUACCAGCUGCACCCACUGGGCAGCUUAUCCUUGAACCUCCGCCCACGGUCUGUGCAAUGGGAAAUCAAUCCAGCCUCGUCUUCCAGGCUUGCCAGAGAUGAAUUGGACCGAGGGGAUGGAUAACUUGUGGGGCUCCCCCAGACGGGGGCUGUGAGCACUUGGGCGGGAGGGGAAUAGCCCCCCAGUGCUAGGUUCAGGCCCAGGAGGGAGGCUGCCGUCUGUGCUGGGGUGGGAGAUGGUGGUGUGGGUUUUUAACGCCACUUGUACCCCUCUGGGGGCUCUCUGGAGGAGCUGGCAGGGUCUGAGCUCCCACCCUGGAGCCAGCCCAGCAGUGCUGCCCUCAGCGCCGUCUCUGGUUUCUUCUGCGUCUGGAGUGGGAAAGGCGAGAUGGGGCCAGGGAACACCUGAGCCGGGAUGGGGGCGGGGAGCUGCAGGAGUUACCGGGGAGCUAGGCUCUGCUUACCCCACCCAAGCCAACCGAAGGUCACUGGCAUCCAUCGCUGCCACCCGGGGGCUGGGCUUGCCAGCGAGCGCUGCCAGCCGGGCAGAGGCAGAAACGUUGGUGCCAGUGCUGGGAGGUCGGGACGGCACAGCAGCAGUGACUGCUGGGGAGAACCCCACCCCGGUCCCUGGCGCUCCCUCGAGGGCUGUGAGCCAGGCUCUGUUCCCGCAGGCUGUGCGCGGCAGGGAUGAGGAGCCGCCAGCGGGCGUUCUCAGCGGUGAUGCGGCUCUGUGUGAAGUGCCUGCGUGUGGGCCGACGGCGCAGGUUCAGGCUGGCCUGGCGGGUGCAGCAGCUGUGGCGCUACGGGCACCUCUGCCUGGGCUCCCUGCUCUACAACUCCUUCACCAACAGCGACGUGGUGCUGGACUCCCUCUUCGAGCCCAUCUACUGGCUGGUGGAUCACGUCACUCGCUGGUUCGGUGUGGUGUUUGUGGCGCUGGUGAUUGUGCUGACAAGCUCCAUCGUGGCCAUUGUCUACAUCUGCCUGCUGCCCCUCAUCCUGCAGACCUACCCGCCCGGCUGGAUCUGCUGGCAUCUUGCCUACGGCCACUGGAACCUGCUCAUGAUCCUCUUCCACUACUACAUGGCCAUCACCACCCCGCCAGGGCACCCCCCGCAGGCCAAGAGCAACACUGUGGCCGUCUCCAUCUGCAGGAAAUGCAUCUCCCCCAAGCCUGCCCGCGCGCACCACUGCAGCAUCUGCAACAGACAUACUACCAGACGCCGCCCCCCACGUUCUCCUUCCGCCAGAGGGCCUUCCACAAGAGCAUAGUCUACCUCUGGGUCCUGUGCAGCUCGGUAGCCCUGGCGCUGGGGGCCCUCACGCUGUGGCAUGCUGCCCUCAUCACCCGAGGGGAGACCAGCAUCGAGAGACACAUCAACAAGAAGGAGAGGCAGAGGCUGCAGAAGAAAGGCAGAACACUGGCUCACCCGGGUACUGCUGCCGUCUACACACCUGCCCCAUGGAACUGGCCUGAGCUGGGACCAUCCUCCCUGUGUGACAGAGCCGCACACACCUCUCCUGGCCAUCUAACGGACGCGAGGGCAGAGGCGCAGGGUGUGGUACUCACCCCAGCAGCGCCUGGCCCCACUCCAGCCUGGCACUAGCAGAACGUCCGCAGGGGUAUCCAGCCUGAGGGAAUGCACCAGCCGGGUGCCUGGAGCUUCCCAGCUCCGCUCACCAGCCCCCUCCAGCAAGCCCUAGCAUGGCUGCAGGCAGCCAGUGGCACUGGGGCGCACAUGCUGCGGUCUGGACACACAGGGAUAGGCAGGCAGCAUGUGCAGGGCACCGCCCGGGGCGAUCACAUGUCCAGGACAGCAGACACUCCCCAGCUGGCACUCAGAGCCCCUCCCCUCCUGGGAUUUUAAAUGCCAGAAAUAAAAACGUUUUUCACUAA